AACCUCCUGCUGAUGCAAAUCUUGAAAACCUAUCGCCGUCGGACUGUAAAUCUUGUCUAAAACCCUGCAUUCCUGGUUUUUCAUUUUUCCCAUCAAUAUUUUCCAUGAUCACGCAAGAAUAAGGCUAUUAACAUGAAGAAAUACUACUACCAAAGACUUUCCCAAUCCCUCUCACUUCACCAAUUUCGUUUAUUAGGGCUUCGAAGCUCCAAUUUGAUUGAAUCUCAUCCCCCACAAUGUACCAAUUUGCAUACCAUCCGAGGAUUCUGCGCUUCUCCACAACAAUCAAAUUCAAACCCUUCAACGCCGUCCAGUCGCGUCUCGGACAUCGUUAACGAGCUAAUGAAUUUAACGUUGCUUGAAUCCGCAGACUUGACUGAGGUUAUGAGGAAGAAAAUGGGUAUAAAUGAGAUGCCGGUAAUGGCGGUGAUGAUGCCCGGCAUGGGGCUGAAGACCGGAAUGAAAGGAGGCGCCGGCGGUGCGGUGAAAGGUGGGGAAGAGAAGGCGGCAGAGAAGACAGCGUUUGAUUUGAAACUUGAAGGUGGAUUUGAUGCUGGGUCGAAGAUUAAGAUCAUUAAGGAAGUGAGAACAUUUACUGAUCUGGGUUUGAAGGAGGCUAAAGAAUUAGUGGAGAAAGCUCCUACCUUGUUGAAGAAAGGAGUACCAAAAGAGGAAGCUGAGAAGAUUAUUGAGAAAAUGAAGGCAAUUGGGGCUAAAGUCAUUAUGGAAUGAGGUAACUUUGGAGAUCAUGGCAGAGUUUCUUAACCUCAUACGCAUACUUAUGUUCUUUGUAGAAGUGUUCAUUCAUAUUUCUAUGCCAAAAAAGCAACAUUUAAGGUUUUAAGGUUUGGUACACUGGUAUCAUAGGAACUGAAGCUUUUUAGAAGAUCAUUUACCUUCUCUUUUUGAUAUUUUUUCAUCCCAAAAUAAUUGUAACAGAGAGUUGUGAUCCAGAUUUUGAACAAUUUGUGCAUCAUGAUCGCAUGCGCUAGUAAAAUAGUCUUCAUUUCUUACCUGAAAAAAAAAAAAAACAAUCCUGAUUGGUCUUCUCAA